AAUAGCUUCCAUAUGUUAUUAUCGUCCAACUAUGAUAUCGGUCUCCAAAGAUGCUCGAUUUGUUCUUGUCUCUGUGGAUGAAUUUGCGAAAGAAAAGAAAAGAAAAGAAAAGAAAAGAAAAAAAAAUGAUGGGGGACACAAGGAAAUCGAGGGCCGUUUAUAUACGGACAUUGAUUCUCAAUUUCAACGUCGAGGAAUAUCGAUGCAACUUCUGCAACUGUCCAUACUCCUCUCAAAGCCAUUUGAAGAGGCAUCUGACCAGAGGUUGCUUCAUGGAUCCCUCGUUCAGGAUCGAGGAAAGGCGAACGAUGAAUCGAAUCGAGUCGAGGAACCACGUUUGCCCAAAGUGUUCCCAAGGGUACAAGAACAAGAGGACAUUGGACACGCAUUUGCGGACAGUUUGCGGCCGAGAACCGAAAUUUCAUUGCCCCUAUUGCGGCCUCAGGAGCAAACAUCCGCCUAACAUUUACACUCACAUCAGGCGUAGACACAAGGGGGAGGAUUUGUUCUUAAUUGUUGACAAAGAUCAACGAUGUUGAAGUAUCGUGCUUCAUCGAUUUCUACGAACUUUUGUUAAUUUUUUUUCUCCCCCCUCCCCAUGUAAUUUUUUCAUGUUUGGUAAUAUCGAUAGUUUUCUUUUUCUUUUGAAUACAAUAAAUAGAGUGUUUCGUCUUCUUUCCUGAUUUUUUUCCUUCCGUUGGUAUAAAAAAAAGAAAUCAUGAAGAUUAUCGUAAAUGUCAUCGUAAAUAUAUUUCGUAUGAAGUAUAUAGUAUAGUUUACGUACAAUAAUCUUUGCCGUGUUUUUUUUUACGUGAAUAUUUUUCAAAUAACGAAUAAAUUAAUGUUGAUUUAAUACGCAAUUUUUUAUGUUCCUUCUGUCUUCGGUUAUUGUCAUGUUUUAUUGUCGAUUGAAACAAUUUGUUUAUAACGUCAUAUAUAUGGUGAUUCGAACAGUUGGAACGGAUCCUAUUUUUUUUUUCUGAUUGUGAUUGGAAAAAAGUGUUGAAUGGUUCGAAGAAAAUUAAAUUUUAAAUAUUUUUUUUUUCUUUCUAGUGAGAAUAUAUGUAUUUGGUUGAUAUGCGAUUGAAAUGCGAUUAAAGUAUUUUGAAGAAAUAUGACGCUUGUUGAAAAUGAGUAUUUUCGUUCAAUCUUGAAUCUCUAGAAUUUUUUUGAUGAAUUGUUUGAAAUAUACAAAGAUUGUAUUUACGUAUUUUAAAUUCUAUAAAAAUUGCAAAAAAUGAUAACCAAAAAUCAGAUUAAUUUAUCAUUAAUGAUAAAAGAAAACGUUCUUUAGAAAAUAUUCUUCAAAAUAUCUCGUAAAUUUUUAACUACACUUGUAAAAACAAAAAAAGGUUAUAUAUUUUCAUUAAAAUAAAAAAUACUGUAAUUUGCAAAUAUAAUUUUUUCGAAAUUAUCCUGUUAUCAUUUUUCUGCUCAAAAUUUUUUUUUUCUCGAUUUCAAUCGAAAAAAAAUUAUGAUGAUCAUGUUCCAAUUGAAUCACUUGUACGUAUGACAUGUGAAUUAAUACUUAAGUAGAAACUGUGUAUAGUAAAAUUCGUAGCUAGCUAUGUUUAUUUCGAUAUUUCUUACAUACAUAAUUCAAUCAAAUUAUUUUAUACAUGCAUGAGAAACACCGAAAAUACAUUAAAGGCAAACACUUAAUUGUUAAAUAAACAAGUAUGAUAUUAUGACAAAAUUUAAA